GAAUGCCUUUCCAGCUUUUCUUUUACCAACACGCGGUUGCAUAAGAUUGUGGAGGCGUGUGAAGGCACCUUUGAGUGGCUCUGGGAGCACCCACAAUACAAGAACUGGUCGAUUCCGGGAGUCUCCAGCAUCUUACUGAUCGAAGGGAAGCCUGGUAGUGGCAAAAGUACGCUCACAAAAUAUUUUAAUGAGCACAUGUCGGAGCGGCAACCAGCUGCAAGUUCAGCCAUUGUCGCCAAGUUCUUCUACAGCUACAGAGAUGGCAGUCUUCACAGAAGCCACCAUAGUAUGCUUCGGUCCUUACUUUACGAUAUCAUAUCUCAAGAUCACGCCUUCUUUUACCAUAUUCAAUCGGAAUAUCGUAUUGGCCGUUGCGACAAAGGCAGUGGCGCUGUUGAUUGGGACUAUGACUUGCUCAAGCGGAUGCUCAAGUCUCUACUCGGUUAUCUCCUACCACGACCACUGUAUCUAAUCAUUGAUGCAGUGGAUGAGUCCGAUGACGAGGAUCGCCGCGACAUCAUAAAGCUGCUGUUUCAGCUUGGUGCAAACAAGAUGUAUGGCACCGUCAAGAUAUUCGUGGCGAGCCGGCCUGUGGUGCAGCUCGACGUCCGCCGAAAGACCAUCAACAGCAUAAUCCGGCUGCAAGAUGAAACGGUGGAUGACAUCUCCCGUUUUGCGCGCUCCAUGUUGGGCGGCCUCAAUGUUUCGCUGCUGCUUGAUAAAGCCACCAAUUACAUUAUCGACAAUGCAAAUGGUGUAUUCAUUUGGGUAAAGCUGGUUGGGUACGAACUGGAAGCUUCUCUCGAGGACGGUGAAUCAGAGGACGCUAUCUUCCAGCGCCUCAAGAAACUUCCAACUGAGCUAGAUGACCUUUACCAGUUGAUGUUCGAAAGAUUAGACAACAAGCCACAUACAGCGGACUCAAUAACGAUGUUCCAAAGUGUCUUCUGGGCAGCAAAGCAAGUCACGGCGGACGAGCUGUUACAAGUCGUGGCGAUUUCCAAUAUUGCAAAUAUGGAAUCUUUGACCGAUGAAGCAUUAGAGAUGCGAAUUCCCCUCAGGGCUCGCAUCACUCACUGUGGAGGGAAUUUCUUAGAAUUGAAGGAAUCAAACGGUAGAAAGGAAACUGUUCAGAUCAUGCACCAAACUGUGCGCGAAUUCUUCUUCCAUCCUGAUGGAUACGCUGCAAAAACGAAGUUCGUGAUGUGUGGAAGAGAUGCCAUUGCACGUAUAUCAAGAUUGUGUUUACAGUAUCUCAUACUUUGUGCUAGAUGCACUACUUUGGCGAAGAAAAUAUCUGCUACUCGAUUCUGGAGCAGCGAGCAUUACGAUGCCUACGCCAGUUACUUGGACAAGAGACCCCUGGUGAGCUACGCUCUAGCCUUUUUCGAACUGCAC